UCAACCGUCCUAGAAAUCAAAUCCACAUUGAAUCAAUCUCCACAUUCUCAAGAUUCAAAAUGGCUAAUGAAAUUACCAUAAUACCCCUAAUCGUCCUCGUAGCGCUUGCUAUGCUAUGUGGCGGUGCGAGGGGCCAGACUGGGUGCACGAAGACCCUUAUGGCCCUCUCGCCCUGCCUGAACUACGUGGAGGGGAACUCGUCCACCCCUACGACCUCAUGCUGCUCCCAACUAUCGAACGUGGUCUCCUCACAGCCACAGUGCUUGUGCCUACUGCUCAACGGCACCGCCUCCUCAUAUGGCCUCAACAUCAACCAGACGCUAGCCCUCGGGCUGCCUGACGCAUGCAGCGUUAAGACCCCUCCCACUAGCAGAUGCAAUACGAACGCGCCAUCCGCUUCACCUGACGCCCAGAUCCCUCCGGCUGACGCAUCCACACAACCGGACUCCAUCCCAUCAGGCUCGAAAACUGUCCCGUCGGUGGAUAAUGGUGCCGGCGCCGGCAACAUUAGAGCAACAAAAGACAUUGCAGCUCUCCUCCUCUUCAUUGGAACAUCUGCACUCUUCGUAGCUGGAUUUUGAGACUGUUUCUUUGCCAAGAAUCAAUGAUGUUUUGAUCUUGCGUCAAUUAUUUGUUGUUGUUGUUUUUUUCCCCUAAUGGAUUUGUUUGUUUGAGUUUGCGGUUCUAAUUAAGAAGCUUCUUUGUGUACCA